AUGCCGCCCGUAGUCACCCGGAUGCUGAGGAUGUCCAACGCCUCUACCUCCGUCAACACCUUGCCGCAGAAGCUGCAUGCCAAGGUCGGUCAGCAGCAGCAACAACAACAGCAGCAGGUAUCGCAGCAGGCCGCGCGUGCACUGUCGCGCAACACUCCACCCGUCGUCCAGCCAGCCGCACUACCGGCCACCACGCACUCUUUGGUUCGUACCUCCCCUGGUUCAGCUAUUGCUGUGGCCAUGGCCAAACGCCGCGAGAUGGAGGCUUUGCACCAUCAGCAGCAGCUGCAGCAACAGCUGCAACUGAUACAGCAGCACCAGCUUCUCAGCAUUCAGGCCGCAGCAGCAGCCAGGUGGAACACGGACGUCUUGUCGCCCUCACCACCCCGGGUGCCGGCGAUGACUCCUUCGGCAUCCAGCCCAACAUCUGCCCACUCCAACACUCUGGCCGUGGUUGCCGUACAAUCUGGCGGUGAGUCGUGCAGCAUCAGGGAUCCUCGCGAAGUCAGUGGCAUCAGCCCUCCCAACAAGAAGCAGGAAGGCAGCGGACAGCAACCGCUGACGAAGCAGCAGAAACACGGCAUGUACAAGAAACUGGCCGAGGCGUCACCCUCGAAAAAGAAAAUUUCGGACAUCGCCAACACGCUGCACAAGAAGAUUAGCCAGUCAAGCGGCAGUUCCCCCAAAGCGGACUUAGCGGCUGACGCCAAGCGGCCCCCCAACGCGCACUCGGCCAGCAAAGCCAAGGCUCCGGAAGCGGCAGCAGGCGGGCAGCAAGCGCACGCGCACAGUAAAGCCUCGUUUACGGCCAGCAGCGCAUCCGGCGACCGCGAGGACGAGCCCUUGAAUCUGGUCACGCGCGACUCGCAUCGGCACAGCAACAGAGGGGCGUCGCCCAGAGUGCAGACCACUACCGCCGUGUAA